UUCAAUAGCAUCUUGUUCGGCCAGCCGUACGGUACUUGGAGCCGACAAUUUGAACUUUAUUAGUUUUUCGAGCAGUUUCUAUUGUUUCGAAAAUGAGAAUCUUAAAAGAGCAUGAAAUCUUCUUUCUGGAUCCUUCGGAGCUGCUGCGGCCGGAGCCCACAUUUGCCGAUAAGAGUCCAUCGCAGUUUCGAGACUACAGCGUCGAUACCGAGGACCCGCUCAAGGAACGCGUGCGCCGCACUUACCGUGAGAUGCACCUAAACCAAACUGUGGACUUCGUCACAGGACGUCGUGAGCACUGGCUGAAGUUCAACACCAUUAAGAUGACGGUGCGUGAGGCAUUGGAGAAGCUCAAUGAUUUGGUGGACGAGUCCGAUCCUGAUUUGGAUUUGCCCAAUAUCAUACACGCCUUCCAGGCAGCCGAGAGGGCACGCUCCGAGUUCCCCGAACACGAUUGGCUUCACUUGACGGCGCUGAUCCACGACCUGGGCAAGAUCAUGGCCUUCUACAAUGAGCCCCAGUGGGCCGUUGUGGGCGACACCUUUGUGGUGGGCUGUCGCUGGGGCGACAGCAUUGUCUAUCGCAACGAUAGCUUUGUGGGCAAUCCCGAUGGCGACAAUCCCAACUACAACACUGAGUACGGCAUGUACGAGCCGAACUGUGGCAUCGACAAUCUGCUCAUGUCCUGGGGCCACGAUGAGUACAUGUACUCAGUGCUCAAGCACAACAAGACCAAGUUGCCCGAUGUGGCCUGCAAUAUAAUACGCUUCCAUUCGUUCUAUCCCUGGCACAAUGGCGGCGACUACAAGCACCUGGAGGCGCCAAAGGACGCAGAGACCAGGAAAUGGGUCUUGAUUUUCAACCGUUACGAUCUCUACACAAAGAGUGAGGUGGUACCCGAUAUUGAAGCUCUAUGGCCCUACUACCAAACACUUAUUGAUAAAUAUUUGCCUGGCGUCUUGGAGUUUUAGAGCUGUCCCUGUAAAUUGUGUACAUUC